CACGGACUCAUGAAUUCACUGAUGCUGAUGGCGUUAUUCGAGUUCCGGCGCGCCCAUCUCAAAAAACGACAAUCAAAAUAGAGGUCCUUUUUCCACCGUAACUGAAUAUCUUUUAAGCAAACCACGAGCAGAACUUGAAUUCAUCUCCAAUCACCGUUCUGUUGUUCUGUCGGAGCUUCAUGAAUGCGACCCUACUCAGUUAGCAGAGAGCCGACUUGAACUCGGGGAGCGUGUUAUGAGAAAGGCUACCGAGCUGUGCUCUGUCCAUCCUGGUGACAUGUUGAUACCUGCCAACAUCACCACUCCACAAAGACCAUUCUCCUUAAAAUUGGACGACUUCCGUUUAUCAAAUAUUAUGAUCGAUACUGAUUCGGGUCGAGUAACUGGCUUUAUCGACUUUGAAGCAGCCACCAUUGCACCUGUAUGGGAAUGCGCAGUGAUACCGCGAUGGCUGCAAGAUGCGGAUGACCCAGAAUCCAGUUACGAAGGGGGAACCAGCGAAGAAAGAAGUGUUUUGCGUGCUGCUUUUCUUUCAGUGAUGGAAGGGUCUGCCCGAUACCCAGAGUGGAGAGAGGCAUAUGACAUGGGUCGCCCAUUCCGUCGGCUUACAGACUUGUUGUGCUUCCGGGUAAACGUUUGGGCUUCUGACUACUAUGAGAUCUGGGUGGACGAACGUCUCGAAUGGGCCAAAACCCACCCCGGGAUUGGGUUGCCUGAAACAGACGAACUACAAAUUGACACCCCGUAACUUCUCAAUCUGAAUACUUAGCUCAAUCAUUGAUAACACUAGAGCUACAACUGUAUAUCGUUGUUACGAGCAUUUGAAAGUAGUAAUAAGGGCGCUCCAGAGGGUAAAAUUAGGGCUGGGAUAGGUACAUAUAUGUUUAUAAACAUAUUAUAAACACUCUAGAGUACCCCAGGAUUCUCAAACGACGAAAAAACACCGAGGAGCUAGUCAAAAACACAGUGAGACACUUCAAGAAGAUAGUAAGCCAGGUCAAUGCAAUGCUGACAUAAUCGCUGACAGAAACUCCCGCAGCAGACUUGAUAUUACCUUCCUGAGUUCAAU